AUGGAUGACCGUCGACUGCAGUAUACUGAGCUACUGACAAACUUAGAAAAGUCAAUUACCUCGUCGGCUGCUGCAGCUCAGAGGCUAUCAGUCAGCACAUCGGAAGAAAGUGUUGCCGCUCUGGACCAAGAACUUCAGAAUUUAGUCCGACAAACUGGUUCAAUCGACCCUACGGCUAGACUAAGUUUGAAGAAUAUAAGUUUAUGUGAAUUACUCACUCACUGUCCAGUUCUUUUAAGUGCUUCUACUACCUCUGCUGUAACUCGAUCAAGGCUCCACCUUUUUUUGUUUAACCUUGGUAUAAAUUUAUUGCAAAUUAAUUCAAUUCUGGAUUGUUCUAGAAAUCGCGUUGAUGAACCAGAGUGGAUGCCGUAUUGUAUGGGGAUACUUUGCAAUUUGGCGUCAAGGUCCAAGUCUGUGUGCCAGAGGAUAAAAAGAUCGACGUCGUAUAAGACCUUCAGUCAUAGGUUGCUGAAGCUUUUGGCGCAUGAUUCACGUAUCGUGGUUGUGUCCGCUCUCGUUCUGGUCGGGUAUUUGGAAGAAAAACUUAGAGAUACGGUAUUCUGCGCUCGAAAUAUUCCGCAGACGUUCCAGUGUGUAUUCAAUGUCCUCGCUAUUGGAGAUUGCUUAAUGACACGCCAUAUUGCUGUUGACCUCUUAAAACGUCUUGUUCUCAGCGAUGUAUCUUCUACUCCCGCAAUUACCACGACUGGGAAAGAUCUGAUAAACUAUUCUUAUUUUGAGAAUUCUAUUCAGUCAGUAGCUGGACUGCUGGCUCAGAUGGAUUCACGUUCAGAGGAAUCACUGAAAAUAUAUGAUGUAUUUCUUUCAUUCUGCUCUUUGCCACAGAUGAGCAAACCCACAGCAUUAGCGAUCUUAAAAUGUCCAGCAACGGAACAGCGUCUUACAACUCCGGUUCUUUCAGUGUAUAACACUGCAAGACUUUCAUUUGAGGAAGCUAUUACACCAGAGGUCCCAUUAAACGCUAUGCGCUUGUUAAGGUGCCUCUUGAAAGAAGCGAUUGAUAACGGGAAUCAUGUUCAAGAAUUUGUACCUAUCGAACAUUUAAUGCAGCUGAUAGAAAACAGCUUAAAAACGCCAAUUGAAACGAGUUCUGAUGUGGUUUCAGAUCAGUGUCGACGCAUUACUGAAGGCCUUCGACUUGCUGAAAGCAAGUUUAUCGUCGUACUUUCAGCUGUAUCUGCUGACGAUGAUGUAAGGGCAGAUAUUUUGGAUGUGGUCACUGCCCCUUUGUGCGCUCAUAUUGUAGAGUCCCAGAUGAUCUCCAAUCCGGUGAUUGUAUAUAUGGGAAGACCACCAGUUCAGAGAACUGAGCUUUUACCUGCUUGGAGUAUUGAUGGAGUAACGAUAGUUCUCGAACUGUCUAGAGUGCUCGCGGCAUUAAAGGACUAUUCAAAGUGUCAUAAAGAUCAGUACUGGAAGUUGUUGAAGGAUGAUCGUCUGGUUGCUUUUAUCGCCUAUGCGAUUGCAUGUGGAAAACACGAAAUGACGUACAGGGCACUGCAGCUUUAUACACACUGUGCUCAGGUGCAAGCGUUCCCAACAAAAUGGUUAGGGGAUUUGAUAGCAAGUUGUGGAGACGAUAGAAACAUCUAUUCCUUGUCAGCGUCAAAAAAUCCUGCAUUUGCGAGAACCAUUUCUGAACAUCAGAUAAAUGGGCACGGUGAUGACUCACUUUCGUCUGGCAGGAAAACACCGGAAUUUUUUUCCCAACCGGAUCCUGAUUCCUUAAAACAAUUAGACGAUUUGCUUCUGCGAAUGAAAAAUGGCAUGGAUCUGAAAGAUUCUCGAGUGUCGCAGAUCAUAAAUGUUUUUGAGAAGAAAAUACAUUUAAUGAAGAUGCGAGAAAGGGAACUUGAACAAGUCAUUGCCAAACGUGAAGAUGCUCUCCGGCAGACUGAUAAGUUGCGACAGCUCUACAGCAACAGAGAUAACGAGGCUGAGGUUCUUUCUUCUAAAAUUUUAAAUUUUCGAAAGAUUAUUGCUGACUACGAGAAAAAGGUAGAAGAUGAAGAGAAGUGUGUCGAAACUUUAAAAACGGGAAAUAGGCUUCUCGAAGAGAAAACAGAUUCUUUGCAGAAGGCAGUAGAUGAAAAACAAAAUAUACUGAACGUUGUGGUGGAAAAGUUUGUUGCAUUUUGA